AUGGCCCUGCAACGAACGAAAACGGGCACCGGUUGUUCGGCAUUUGAUUUAGGUGACAUGGAAAUGAUGGGCGUCCAGGAGAUCUUCUUGUUCUAUCCGUCUUUCGUUGUUCUAUAUUCGAAGCGCCUUGUUACUCACUAUGUAUUUGAGUCUAUUGACGGUGGCUCAUACAUGUCGGGGGAUGUCCGUACUGCGGGCUAG